AUUUAAAUAUAAACAACUUGGAAGAGUUUCCACCUAUGGGUGCAUCUUGUGAAACCGCAAGCAAAUCAAAGCCAUCGCGAAGGAUCAAUCCAACUCCUCUUAAUGAUGUAAAUUCCAAAUCUAGGAUAUGUUUUACCUCCACUCCAAUCAGCACUCCUGAUAUAGACCGCAGCCACCCAGGUAUGGAGGUGUUUACAAGGGUUCAGGAAGGAGUAUGCACUCCUGAUGCCAGCAGUUUACGGGAAGAGAGGGAAAUACUGCGUAAAGAAAGGUCCAAACUACUGCAGCAGACUUCAUCUCCAGUGAUAUUAGACCCUAUCACUCCCACCAAACAGAUCUUCAGCCGAAACUCCAGUGUUUCAUCGGAUAUGCUGACGUACGCCGACCCUGGCAAGGUGUCAUAUCAGAAACGACUAGAAAUCCUUGCUAAGAUUUAUUCAUCUUGUAUUACAGAAAACCUUGUGCCAAAUAUAUUUCUUGAGUUCUUUUUUGUCCUUCAACUGCUAAUAUCCAGGGGACCUGUCAGUGCUGAAGAUAGGAAC